UCCCGGCAGCCCUAGCGCCCGCCUCGGCGCUCUUCAAGAUGGCGGCCGACAGUGAGCCCGAGUCCGAGGUAUUUGAGAUCACGGACUUCACCACUGCCUCGGAAUGGGAAAGGUUUAUUUCCAAAAUUGAAGAAGUCUUGAAUGACUGGAAACUGAUUGGAAACUCUUUGGGAAAGCCACUUGAAAAGGGUAUAUUUACUUCUGGCACAUGGGAAGAGAAAUCAGAUGAGAUUUCAUUUGCUGAUUUCAAGUUCUCAAUCACUCAUCAUUAUCUUGUACAAGAAUUCCCUGAUAAAGAAGGAAAGGAUGAAGUAUUAGAAGAUGUUAUUCCACAAUCUAUGCAAGAUUUGCUGUGUAUGAAUAAUGACUUUCCUCCCAGAGCACAUUGCCUGGUAAGAUGGUAUGGACUCCGAGAGUUUGUGGUGAUCGCCCCUGCCGCAAAUAAUGAUGCUGUUCUCAGUGAAUCUAAGUGCAAUCUUCUUCUGAGUUCUGUGUCUGUUGCUUUGGGAAACACUGGCUGCCAGGUGCCACUCUUCGUGCAAAUUCAUCAGAAAUGGCGAAGAACGUAUGUGGGAGAAUGUCAGGGUCCUGGUGUCCGAACUGAUUUUGAAAUGGUUCAUCUUCGAAAAGUGCCAAAUCAGUACACUCAUUUAUCAGGUCUGCUGGAUAUCUUCAAAUCAAAGAUUGGAUGCACUUUAACUCCAUUGCCUCCAGUUAGUAUUGCUAUACGGUUUACCUAUGUACUUCAGGAUUGGCAGCAGUAUUUUUGGCCUCAGCAGCCUCCAGAUAUAGAUGCCCUUGUAGGAGGAGAAGUGGGAGGCCUGGAGUUUGGCAAGUUACCAUUUGGUGCUUGUGAAGAUCCUAUUAGUGAACUCCACUUAGCAACUACAUGGCCUCACCUGACUGAAGGUAUCAUUGUGGAUAAUGAUGUUUAUUCUGAUUUGGAUCCUAUUCAGGCUCCCCAUUGGUCUGUUAGAGUUCGAAAAGCUGAUAAUCCUCAGUGUUUGCUAGGUGAUUUUGUCACUGAGUUUUUUAAAAUUUGCCGUCGAAAGGAGUCAACUGAUGAGAUUCUCGGACGAUCCACAUUUGAGGAAGAAGGAAGAGAAGCUGCUGAUAUAACUCAUGCUUUGUCAAAGUUGACAGAGCCUGCACCGGUUCCAAUUCAUAAAUUAUCAGUUUCAAAUAUGGUACACACUGCAAAGAAGAAAAUACGAAAACAGAGAGGUGUAGAAGAAUCACCACUGAAUAAUGAUGUCCUCAAUACAAUUCUCUUGUUCUUAUUCCCUGAUGCUGCUUCUGAGAAACCGUUAGAUGGGACUUCUUCAACAGACAACAGUAAUCCUCCAUUAGAGAGUGAAGAAUAUAAUCUCUACAAUCAGUUCAAAUCUGCACCAUCUGAUAGUUUAACAUACAAAUUGGCUUUGUGUCUUUGUAUGAUCAAUUUCUACCAUGGAGGACUGAAAGGAGUGGCACAUCUCUGGCAGGAGUUUGUUCUUGAAAUGCGUUUCAGAUGGGAGAACAACUUUCUGAUUCCAGGAUUAGCAAGUGGACCCCCAGAUCUAAGAUGUUGUUUACUGCAUCAGAAACUACAGAUGUUAAAUUGUUGUAUUGAACGAAAGAAGGCACGUGAUGAGGGGAGAAAGACAAGUCCUUCAGAUAAUGUAACUAAUACAUAUUCAGGGGAUGCUGGAAAAUCUGGAGACCAGCUGGGGCCAGACAAUCUAAAAGAUAUGGAUAAGGAAAAGGGAGAGGUGGGAAAAUCAUGGGAUUCUUGGAGUGACAGCGAGGAAGAAUUUUUUGAAUGCCUAAGUGAUACUGAAGAACUUAAGGGAAAUGGACAAGAGAGUGGCAAGAAAGGAGGACCUAAGGAGAUGGCAAGUUUAAAGCCAGAAGGACGACUCCAUCAGCAUGGGAAACUUAAUCUGCUACAUAAUGGAGAACCUCUAUAUAUUCCAGUGACCCAGGAACCAGCACCUAUGACAGAAGAUCUGCUAGAAGAGCAGUCGGAGGUUCUAGCUAAAUUGGGUACAUCGGCAGAAGGGGCUCACCUCCGAGCACGCAUGCAGAGUGCCUGUCUGCUCUCAGAUAUGGAGUCUUUUAAGGCAGCUAAUCCAGGUUGUUUUCUGGAAGAUUUUGUGAGGUGGUACUCACCCCGGGAUUACAUUGAAGAGGAAGUGAUUGAUGAAAAGGGCAACAUGGUUCUGAAAGGAGAACUGAGCGCCCGAAUGAAGAUUCCAAGCAAUAUGUGGGUAGAAGCCUGGGAAACAGCUAAGCCAAUUCCCGCUAGAAGGCAAAGGAGACUCUUUGAUGAUACACGGGAAGCAGAAAAGGUGCUGCACUAUCUGGCAGUACAGAAACCUGCAGACCUUGCUAGGCACCUGUUACCUUGUGUAAUUCAUGCAGCCGUACUCAAGGUAAAGGAGGAAGAAAGUCUGGAAAACAUUUCUUCAGUUAAGAAGAUUAUAAAGCAAAUAAUAUCUCAUUCCAGUAAAGUUUUGCACUUCCCCAAUCCAGAAGACAAGAAAUUGGAAGAAAUCAUCCAUCAAAUUACUAAUGUAGAAGCUAUAAUUGCUAGAGCCCGAUCACUGAAAGCCAAGUUUGGAACUGAGAAAUGUGAACAAGAGGAGGAAAAGGAAGAUCUUGAAAGGUUUGUGAGUUGCCUUUUGGAGCAACCUGAGGUGUUAGUUGUCGGUGCAGGAAGAGGACACGCUGGCAGGAUCAUUCACAAGCUGUUUGUGAAUGCUCAGAGGGCUGCAGCCAUGGCUCCGCCGGAGGAGGAUCUGAAGAGGAUGGUCCCCCCAGAAGAGAAGAGGCAGAACCUGGUGGCAGACUUCCCACCUGCUGCGGGCCGGGAGCUCAUUUUGCGCACGACCGUGCCCCGCCCCGCUCCCUACUCCCGGGCUCUGCCUCAGCGCAUGUACAGUGUCCUCACCAAAGAGGAUUUCAGGCUUGCAGGUGCCUUUUCAUCAGAUACCUCCUUCUUCUAAUCCUUCUAGAGUUCCCUCAUUUGUGGCUUCACAGACAAUGCUAACCCCUUCUGUGGGAAGGAGGUUGUGCCAGUCAGAACCUGAGAGGCCAUGAAGAGGACCUGUCCAGUUUGGUGAUCAAGAAUCAUACCAGCAUCUGAGAGACUUUCCACUGGGCUGUCUAGGGUCUUGUGGGGGCAGAGGAAUGGGCUUCAGCUAUUGAAAGAUUUCUUUCCCAAAGAGAUGGCCCUUGUUGUUUGGGGGAUGGGGGGGACCAGAACAACAGCAGGAGGUCUGUGUACUCCCUCCAGCAGGAUUGUGUUCAUUUCUUCUUUUCCAUGACUAUCCCUUAGGCUAUUGCCCUACAUUCAUAGUCUCUGUAAACACCUAUUAUAUUUAUUAGUAUCAAGUAUGCAAAGUAGAGUACCAGUUAACUCGGAUUUCUGGAUAUUUUGGUGGUAGCUUCUACUCCCAGAAUCUGUUUUUAAAAUACUAAAUGACAUUCUGUUUAUUCAGUCACCUGGUGGCCAUCUUUACUGUACUAAUUGACUUUUGAUGAGCAUUUUGAAUAUUCUAGGAGAAAGCCCGGAAUUUCACAGUCUAUGUGUUUUUCCAUGUAACUGUGACUUAAAUGUAUUCCUUCCGAUAAAAAAACUAUAUAUUAAAUGUCACUGCAAAUUAGUUUUAUAUCUCUCGUAAGGUUUGUUUCUCUGACUUGUUUUUUCUUUGGUUGCCCUGGAAGAUAUCACCCUGCAGAUCAUUGUUCUCUCUCUUGCUGUACAACAUGCAUUCCUUUUUUUGUGGUUGCUUGCAGUAUUUAAUGAAGCAGAGAUGAGCACACGCUAAAAAUAUAGCCUCUGAACGUAGAAAUUAUCGUGCAGUUAGUAUAAUUUGGCAUAUGUGCUAAUGUAAUGAAUAGAAGAUUACUUCAGUGAACUAUUUUGCUUUUGUAUUAUAGUUAAAAUGAAGAUAAUUGAUGGGGGAUGUGUAGCACCCAGCAUAAGGAUAACAACAACAUAUUUCUAGUUAUAUGACGAUCAAGAUUUAUCAAGUCUGUGUUGCUAUAUGGCCUCUGUUCAGUAAUCUUAAAUCUAUUUUUAGGGCUAAAAUUCCCACUUUAAUCCAAAGUAAAAAAUGAUUAUACUGAAGCAUAGACCUUGCCUAUGUAACUUUAAAGAAUUAAUAGAGCUCUGUAAACCCUAUGUUAUAUUAUUUUCGUUAAAAAAUGUAAAU